AUGAAAGUAAUUUUAACACUGGUAACACUUAUUCUCCUCUUUCAUUACUCUCUUACUGAAAGUCAUGAACAACAACGCAAACACCAAAACAAAGAAGAAGAAGAAGAAUUUAGAGUACAAAGAAGAGUCAGAGGAAGAAGAAGUUCAAGGUGCGACCCAUUUUACCAAUAUCUAUAUGGAAAGUGUGGACAAUGGCCAUUCCCAACAUUUCCUUGGUUAAUUCCACCUCCCAUUCAUUAUUUUCCUCGCCCCCCACCAUUAGUUCCAUCACCGCCUUUGAUAAUCCCACCGCCAAUGCCGCCUUUGAUUUCUUCUCCACCACCACCUCCAUGGUGGUACUCAGUAUCAUCAUCACCACCUCCUCCUCCUGAUCCUAUACCGUGGUAUAUUACAGCUCCACCGCCGCCACCUCCGGAGCCUAUACCAUGGUAUAUUACAGCUCCACCACCGCCACCUCCAGAGCCUAUACCAUGGUAUAUUACAGCUCCACCACCACCUCAGCCUUAG